CCCGACAUAACGGCACUUGUCAAAGCGCGAGACAUUAAAGCAAAUACUGGCGCACUUUGUCGUUAACAUUUUCACGUGGAAUCGUUUCGGUAUAACUUGAAAAACUGUGGAUAGAAUUUGAAAAUUAAAGAUGCGUCGCCGUGAUAUUUUACGGAUGUGGGCGCAAAUAGUCCAACAGACGGGCAUAGAGAAAUAUACGGCGGAGGAAUGGCAGGAAAACUACGAAGAGUUCUGGAAAUGCAUGCAGUCUCCCACAGAUCCAUAUAUACGCAUUGAAAGUAUCGAUCAUCUGCUAAACGAUCCGGCAUUUGUGAAUCAGCAACAGCAGCCGCCAAAAUCGACUUCAGCGAAACGUAAAUCUAAACCGAAAGCUGAGCAUGCGUUGGUCCAUAAUUAUGACGAAACGGAGCCACUGGCUUUAUGGCGGAAGCGCAUUAAAUCGGAGACAAAUAUCUUGUUGUCGAAAGAAUCAAAGGCAACUAAAGCCAAGACGCAGACCCGGAAAACAGUUGCCACAGCAGCAAGUAAAGAUCGUAUUCCAAAGGGAAAGGAAACUGAUGAACAGAUGCUAAGCCGGAAUGCGCUUGCUCCAAAAUUGACAAACAAUCAUUUGAGAAAAAGUGCUAUCGAUGUCCAGGCUAAUGUGGUAGGGGAAAAAUUUGGUAUCAACCGCGGUCGUCCAUCGCUUUUCCAGGAUGCAUCGUUGGAAUGCCAACCGGGUAAGGAGCAAGUUCAAGCUGAGGAGCUAGCUAAGCUACACGAAAAGCGUGAACAGCAUCAAAAUCAGCAUGAGGAGACGGGUAUAGAGAUUGAACAGCUGGAAGCUCAAGAGGAGGAGAUAGAUGUAGAGAAUGUAGAGCAGGAAGCUCAACAAGAUCAGCGGCAGCAAGAAAUUGAACAACCGAAAGCUCAAGAUCGAUUAAUUCUUAAGAUUAAGAAGCAAAAAAUUCAGCAUGAGUUGCUGUAUGAGCUGGAGCAAGAAAUUGGUCAGCAAAAUCUGCCGAACCAGCAAAAGAAUAAACUAAUUCUUAGGUUUAAGAAACAAAAAAUUUACCACAUAAAUGGGCUGGAGCAACAAGUUGAGCAACAGAAGCAGGAAAAGAUUAUGUUGCAUACAAAUCAAGAAAAGCAGCUUGUUCACGUAUAUGAAGACAUGGAGCAGCAGGAAACUCUAUUGGAGGAGCUGGAGCUACCAGAAUCAGAGAUUUGGGAGCAAGAAAUUCAGCAAGAUCCGCUAAGUGAGCCGGAUCAUGAGUUUCAGGAACAGAAGCAAAGAAAUAUAAAACAGAAUUUGCCAAAAGAGCAGUGGGAAGAAGAUAAUGGCCAGCACGAAGCACCGCAGGUGCAGCAGAUUCAACAAAUGAUACAGAUUAAGAAGAAAAAAGUAUACCAGCAGCUGAUGGAUGAGCUGGAAGAAGAGAUUGGCAACCAAAAAGCUCAACAGGAGCAGCUGCAGCAGGAGAAUGAGAAGCUUCCGAAUCCAUUAAAACAGAAUGGAAAGCAGAAAGAUCAAAAAGAGCUGCUGGAUCAGCUAGACCAAGAGAGUGAGCAGCAGAAGCCGCAACAAGAUCAAUUAAUGCUAGAGAUUAGAAGGCAAAAAGUACACCAAGAGCUACUAACUGAGCUGGAGCAGGAGAUUGAGAAGCAGAAAGCAGAAAAGGAGCAGUUGGAGCAAAGAAUUCAAAAGCAGCAACUUCAAAAGGAACAGCUAAAUAUUGCUGAACAAGAGGAGAAUCGACGUAGGCAAAGGACAGAUCAAGAGGAACAUCAGACCGAUUCUGAGCUGGAUAUUGUGUCGUCGCAGCCCAAGAAAAGCAACAAAAACGGAAGUCCGGCCAUGCAAAAUAAACUAGCCAAUCAGUCGAACAGAAAGCAAGCGAAAAAUGCAAGCCCAGAGCAAGUCGCUGAGUUGGAGCAGGAGUCCACGCCACGUCGAAUACGCACGCGCUUACAAUGCUCCAACCAAGCAAAUCAAGAACAACAACGGCAACAGCAACUGAAUGCGAUUAGAAGAUGCAGCAGAUCGAAGCGUCAAUCAAAUGCUGUAAUCUUAGUUUGCGCUACCCUCGAGUACUUGCCACAUAAUAAUCAAUUUCUUUUGUUACCGCAGAUGAACGCUCAAAUUGCGCACAUUUCACAAAAAGCAAUCGACUUAACGCCGACUUCUGAUUCACCCAAUUCCGCUGCUGACACGAAUUCGCAAUCAAAUGAGCCAGAAAAUCUCUGCUUACCCAAGGGCGGAAAUCAACUUGAAGCUGUGCCAGAAACUCAAGACGAGCACAAAUUGAAUUUAAGCCAGACAAAAGACUUCUCCAAGGAGUCCCUUGCGAAACCCCUUGAGAAUGAUUCCAAAGCCGAAUGUGAGCUGGAGGAUAUGCUCAUCAAUGAGGCUAUGCAGCUGAGCGCUCCACUUGCCGCACCCACGGAUCUCGGCCAGCUAUUGGCCGACGAUGGCAAAUGUGGCGUUGCGGAAAUCGAUCGCUGUUUACAGAUCUUUAAUGAUAAAACGCCAAGUGAGAUUGAUCAUCAAAUAGCUGAUACAUCGGAUUUCUUUGAUAAUUUGCCCAAUUUGUCGACAAUAGUUGAGAAAACGCCACUCGAAAUGGACACGGCUAUGAACAAUGUGCUCAAUUAUGAUGACGAUGAUGAUGAUGAUGACGAUAAUGAUGCCAUAUCAGUGACCACAUCCUGGGACGGCGAAGAUGAGCCCUUUGGCUAUACAAAUUCUGCCAAGCAGCCAACUGAAAAUACAAAAGUUGCGCUGGAGGAAAAAGACGCCGCACAGCCAGCGAGAGCCGAAGAGAGCUUGAAGGCAGUUGCUCAGGUUGAUUCUACGGUGUCUUCCGCCAAGACGCGUCUCAGCGAGUUGGUUAAUUUUCGCAUACCCAAGAAAGCAAAUAGACAGCCGGAAAGGCAGCAAGGGAAACAGCCUCCGGAUCUAAUUUUAAGAAGCCAGCAGCAGCAGCAACAUCGGAGGCCACAACCAGUCAAGCAACGGCCAAUCCUACCUGCAGCCAGAGGCAGCCAAAGAUCAGCUGCAGAAACGACCGUCAACUCUGGUCCAAUUUUUGCGCCACCCUUUCGCUUGCCCCCUGAACCGGACAGCGCACUCUCCGGCAUUCCAAAUAUUUAUACAAACGAGUGCAAAUAUUUCAUAUUUGGCAUCAAAUGCUGGCGCUUCUUGGAUGGCCAAUGCGACCAAAUCAAUUGCCAGCACACGCUCAGCGGUCCGUGGGAGGUGCAGCGGCGCCUGCAGUCGAUGAAGUUGGACCAAUUAUGCGACACGUACAGCAUGGUGUUGCGUCAUGGACUGCUCUUCCGAAACUUUUUCGUCGUAUUCGCUGAGAUCUUCGGCAAUCGGGGCAUGAGGUGGCAUCUGCUGCGAAUGGUUCAGGAUUGUAGCCUUUACAUGGCAUAUUGUGCGCCCUUUAUCACGGAUAUUUAUUAUCUGCUGCUGCGCUACGAUCUGGCGCCUCCAUUUGCGGCGGCGCAAUUCAUGAAGCAUCUGUGGCGUCCAAAUAUUGGACAUGCCUACCCGGAUUUGACCAUGCAGCUGCUCCGAAUACUCGCCGCAGCCGAUUGGUUUAACUAUAUACCAAAUCUGAAUCAUCUGUUCUACAAUCAGAGCUUUCCCAUACCCGUCGAAUUUAUGGCCUGUUUGGCCCAUGAUGCUGUCGGCAAGGAUGAUCCGGUGCUCGUUAAAAAAUGCUGGGAGCUGGUGCUCUUCAGUCCCAUCGAUCGCAACGACGAGGCCUUGAGCUCGGUUAUUAAAAUUUUGCAGAACUGGAGCGAAACUGCCGGAAAGCUGCAGGCGCAUGCAGGUCAGCCGGCGAUGCGGGAGCAACUGUUGCCGCGACAGCAACAAUUGCCGCAUCGCUAUGUCAGCUUGCCGCAGGCCGAAAAGAUGGCCUACAAUCUGACGAAUCCGUUUCGACACACCUUCGAGGAUAAUAUCGACUUGAGCGAUUUUUAGGACAACGGCAAACAUUGACCUCUCGGACUCUGGACUUAAUCGUUUAUUGCUGUUGAGCAGCGUUUACAAAUAUUCAUUUUAACAAUAUCGUACAAAUUUCGUAUUCUUGCAUUUUACACAAUUGAACUGUGUAUAUCAAUUUUUUUUUUUAUUAAAAUACAUUUCUAAAUAAACUUAAGGAUUAGUUUCUUUUUUUGCCCCGGC